CCACUUUCUUCAAUGGCCACCAGAGAUGCCGAGAUCAUCCACGACUUCCGUUUUUUCCGUGUAUACAAAGACGGCAGCGUUGUCCUCUCCAAUCCCACCACUGAUAAAAGAAUCCCACCGUCAGAUGACCCGAAUUCUGGAGUCCGAUCCAAAGACAUAGUCAUCUCAUCUGAACCAGCUGUAUCAGCUCGUGUCUUCGUCCCCAGAUCCGCCAAUUUGACGCAGAAACUCCCUCUCCUUUUGUACAUGCACGGUGGUGGUUUCUGCAUGCAAUCAGCUUUCACUCCCAGGUACCAUAAUUAUGUUGAAACCCUUGUUGCUGAAGCUAAUAUAAUUGCUGUCUCUGUUGAGUACGGGUUGUUCCCAGACAGACCUAUACCUGCAUGUUACGAGGACUCUUGGGCUGCACUUAAGUAUGUCGUGUCACAUGUUAAUGGGGAUGGACCUGAACCAUGGUUCAAUGAUCAUGUAGAUUUUGGUCGUGUUUUUAUCGGUGGAGAUAGUGCUGGAGGGAACAUAGCUCAUAAUUUGGCGGUUCGGGUUGGGACAGAUGGGUUGCCUGAAGUGAAAUUGGUUGGGGUGAUUAUGGUGCACCCGUUUCUUGGUGGUACGGAAGAUGAUCAAAUGUGGCUAUGUAUGUGUCCGGAGAAUGGUGGAUUGGAUGAUCCUAGAAUGAGACCUGGUAAAGAGCAUCUAGCUAGACUAGGGUGUGAGAGGGUAUUGAUGUUUGUGGCUGAAAAAGACCAUCUUUUUCUUGUGGGUAAGCGCUACUAUGAGGAAUUGAAGAAGAGUGGUUGGGGAGGAAAUGUAGAGAUUGUUGAGAAUUUAGGGGAGGGGCAUUGUUUCCAUUUGCGUGACCUCAAAUAUGAGAAGGCUGUGGAUUUGAUUAGAAAAUAUGUUUCUUUCUUGAAACAAGAGUAAUGGUUGUAUUUUUGACUUUGUGUGAUGAAUAAAAAGAAUAUCAAUUCAGGGGAAUAUUCUUGCUUUAUAAAAUAUUCUGUCUGCUUUGAUUUGUUUUA